UACAUCUUACAUAGAUUAUAUAUCUAGAUCUAUAUUGACUAUAUAACUUAAAUAAUUGAAUAUCUAGAAUGUAUUCUAAUCUAACGAAUCUCUAGAUGUAGCUUUCUAGAUUAAAUGUACACCUUAUUACUUUAAUAUAUAUAUAUAAUUAUAAAAUACGUUAUAAUAAAACGAAAUCAAAUUAGAUCUAAUUCUUCAUUUCAUUAACAAGAAUGAGCAGCUAAUCAUGGCUCACUCAUACUAAUGACUAACGAACUAAGUUACUAAUGCCAAUGGACUAGUCACUAAUGGCUAAUGACUGAAAUUCUAUUUCUAAGUCUUAAAGGAGAAUUCGAUGAGCUGUGCCUAAUAUAAGAAUCUACUAUAUAUAUAAUAUAGAUCUAGAUGUAGUAAUCUAGAUAGAUCACUGCCAACAGCUUGGCAGCCACUUGCCAUCACUUGGCUUUUGUUUUGUAAACUACACUCUUGUUUAGUUGUUACUAUCUAAAUCUAAGUCACUACUAUUAACUAUAGUAUAGACUAUGACUAUAGUGUCACUAUAGAUUAGGGACGCCUAGUCUACAGUACACUAGACUCUAUAGUAUAGGCUUAGCUUAGGAGUAUAAGCCAUGGAGCCCAAAAAAUUAACAAGAUUACAAGAAGAACAACUAAAGGCUAUAGAUGACACUAAAACUAAGAUCACACAAUUGGAGAAGUAUAAAGAAGACUACACUGCGCUACGAAACAAACUCAAGACACUUCCUGAUAAAUUGUCUCAUGAAAUUAUGGUUCCAUUUGGCAAAUUGGCUUUUAUGCCAGGUAAGAUUGUGCACACCAAUGAGAUUCUGGUCCUCUUAGGAGAUAAUUGGUUUGUUGAAAGAUCAGCCAGUCAAGCUGCGGAAAUAGCCAACAGGAGAAUCAAAGAUCUUGACACAAAGCUUGUUGAUUUAAAUAAACAACGAAAACUCCUAGAGCCUCGUUUAAAUUUUACAUCAGAAUUUAGAACAGCUCUUGAGAACAGCAGUGAAGUGAAGGAAAUAGUUGAAGAGUAUGAUGAAGAAAAAGAACGCCUGUGGGAUGAGCAACAUCGUAGAAAUGUAAGAAAGUACAAAGCCGAACUAAGACAAAGCUCCACCAAUAAAACUAUCAAAGAGAACAAAGCUGAAGGCAAGCCAGCGACAGAUUCUGAGCUUUGGUCUCGUCUGGAUGAAUUAGAAAUGUUGGAAAAAGAAAAAGGAGAAUUAAAUAGUGAGUUUGAUGGAGAUUCCAAUGGAUCUGCCGAUGACAUCUCAGAGUCUGAUAAAGAAAAGAUUUUAAAGAGACGAGUUAGUUGGGCGGAUGUUGAAGAGAAAACAUUACAGAGAAAUUCCCCCGUUGACCCAGAUAUACACGAAGCCCCCACAGAUGAAGAUGACACUGAUGAUAGCGAUGACGAUGAAACAAAUAGACCUGUGCAGCGGGUGAUUAGAUUUACUCACACACCCGCACCAACAAAGCUUUCACACCAAGUCAGUGAUAGCGGCGAUGGAAGGAUACAGAGCCCAGCAGACCUUUAUAAACUUUACAGUCCAAAGUCCAUUCUAAAAAAGACGUCAGGCUCUGGUGAUGUUUCUGUUGCAUGUGUGAAAGAGACUGACUCAACAUUCUGUGAUAACAGCGGAGCAUUGGAGCCAUUCCAUCUUUCAGAAGAAGUAGAGCCACCUAAGGUUAUAACAGAAUCACUCCAUGAUGCAGAUGUGCCUCUGGCAUUUUCUAAAGACAUUCUUCCACCUUCAAGUUCACAAAAGGCUUUCACUGGUUUGGUUUUAGAAAAAUCUACAACCGGACCGUUGAAAAGUAUAGAAACUGAGAAACAUAUAGUGUCAGAAGUCAAAACUUCUGCUCAAGAUCCUCCAAAGAGAAUUUCUAAAUUUAAAGCAGGCAGAAUGUCUCAGCAGUCACAUUAAGUUUGAAGCUAAUUGUUGAUACAAAAAAUGAACAUUUUAACUUGUAAAUGGUACAUGUUGAUGUAUGUAUGUUAAUGUAUAAAUAAAAACAUUAUUUUAAAUACUGAUAAA